CGAUUCAGGUGGAGAUUUGCAAUUUUCCCUCGACUCGUAUUGUGUGGAUCGUAGAGAGGACUGACCGAGAUUUGCUCGAGUACUAUCAGUGGGAUUGUUGUUUGCUCAGACCAGUUUCAGCUGUCGAACCGGUUGCAUUCCCGGUAGCCAUUUGUCCGCACGGAAACGGAAAAGUGAACUACUGUUUAUGUGUAAGGAUAUGGAUAGAAGCGUAGCGCGUUAUAGUUGAGUGAAUCGGUGUGUGGAAUGAGUAAAAGAUUGCUCAAGUGCUCUGACAAACAAACACGUUGUGCUGUGCAUGUAGGAAGCUCACAACAUACGCACUGGAUAACAACACGAUUGAAGUGGAUGAGAGCAGUUUUGUGUGAAACCCCGGCAGCCUCUUGUCUUGUAAUCAAUUGAAUUAAUUUCCCUAAUUCAGUUUUGCCACCCGCAUUUGGCACCUUCCCGGCCGAAGAACAUCUUAAAGACGAGUUGAGUGAAGUGUUGUUGUAUGUUGCUGCUACGUAUGUAGGGCGUAUGAACAAAGUGAACGUAAAACGGAUGACUCCGGCAGAAGAAGGAAACUUUUAAUUUAAGUGAUUUUGAGUUUUAAUCUGUGGUGACGGAAAGCUGGAGGCGGUUCUGCUGGCGAACAAGGAUUGCUUCCAACGUUGCUCGAGGGGCACUUGAUCAACGCCACAAACGGGUCCCGGUAGUGCAACAUGGUUUAUUUCAGUCCACGUGGUAUGCAGCCGCCGUGUAGCCCACCAGGAUUGCCGAUUACAUCCAAAAGCCCAACGAUGGAGUCAGCGAACAGUAAUACCAGCAUCGAGCCGGAACCGGUUGAUCAGAAACCAGUCAAAAUCCAGCGAACCAGCGGCGGAACGUUGAAGUUUUCCAUAGCGAACAUUAUGGGAAGAGAUGAUAGGGACGAUGAGGAAGAGGAAAUUAGGAGGAAGGAGAAGCGUGAGGUUAUGCAUCCAGCUCCGUCAGCUAGUCCCCCGUCGGCCAGUUCCAGCCCCAGCUAUGAACAACCGUCGGGGAUGACGGUGAAUGAGUCGGCGUUCAAGAAAUACGUACCUAGUUCCAUGCAUCAAUUCGUGGUCAAUCGCCAUCAGGAUCUACUGAGUCAAUAUCCGUUGCUUUACUAUCCGGGUCAAUUAAUGUGUGCCGCCGCCGCUGCUCAGUAUGCAGCUCUUGCUCAGCAUCCGGUUUCAUUGCUAAAUGCUUCUUCGUUAUCGUCUGUCGGUACGGCCGGUAGUGGAAACAGUGCAUCGGCCUUACAUCCCUACGUUCCGACGGCAAAUGCAUUGCGGAGUUUGGAAGCUUCAUCCAUGUCUCCACCGCAGCAUUCCAUCGGCCAUCACAAGAAAUCGAAUCUUAAUUCUUCGACGUCUUCAUCAGCGUCGUCUAGCGAUUUGAAUAGUUCUACCAAUUCGACGAACUCUAGCAACCCCGCUUCGGCAGCUGCCAUCGCAAAGCAAAAGACAUUUGCCUGUCCUGAGUGUGGUAAAGUGUUCAACGCACACUAUAACCUCACGCGACAUAUGCCAGUCCACACCGGUGCUCGACCGUUUAUCUGUAAAAUUUGCGGUAAAGGAUUUCGCCAGGCCUCGACUCUAUGCCGGCACAAAAUCAUUCAUACGGCGGAAAAACCACACAAAUGCCAAACCUGUGGGAAAGCCUUUAACCGGUCUUCAACUCUGAACACACACACUCGAAUACACGCCGGCUAUAAGCCGUACAUUUGCGAGUUCUGCGGAAAAGGCUUCCACCAGAAGGGAAACUACAAGAACCACAAACUGACUCACAGUGGCGAUAAGGCAUACAAAUGCAGCAUUUGUAACAAGGCAUUUCACCAGGUCUACAAUCUUACCUUUCACAUGCAUACCCACAACGACAAGAAGCCCUUCACGUGUAAAAUCUGCGCCAAAGGAUUCUGCCGAAACUUCGACCUUAAGAAGCACAUGCGAAAGUUGCACGACGUCAGCGUUAGCGCCAGUCUCAAACGUCAGCAUCACCACCACCUGCACCAUCAGCAGCAACAACAGCAACAAUCAUCACAGCAACCGUCGGACCAAACUCCCCACAAUUCAGCAACUUGGCCAGGAGGACCCUCACAGCCCUCGUCUGCCACCUCUCUGGCAGCCCUAUCUGCCUCGCCACUUUCCACCCUAUCAAACCUCCACCAUUCGGCCGUAGCGGCAGCUGCACUGCGCUCCGGAGACUACAGCAGUCCUUUCCUGAUGCCCAACUCCCGUGGAGCUCGGCUGGAUGCUCCCUUCAUAGGGAAGGUUUUCUGACAGAAAUACUAUCAGCAUAAUUUCGGCGCCCAUCUCCACCCAUCAGCACAGCAUGCUGCUGGGCUGAUACCACAUCAACAACCGUCGGCGCUGCAGCAAUCGCAGCAACCACAGCUGACCAGCUUGACCAAGAGCAUUUUGAUCAACUAAUUAUCAUGAUGGGACCACCAGUGUUUCGAGAAGAAAUCGAUUCAUAAGAAAACAGUGCAAUAUGUCGCGGAGGGAGGAAUGCAAGAGGCUAUUAUCGGGAGAGGCUAGAAAUUAGGACGAUGUUAGAUCGAUGAACGGAUAGACAGGAAAACCAAUCUUUGAAAGUUGAGCCAGUGAUUUGAGUGAGUGAUCAACGUUUAAGUAGACUAAUGCUAAGGGUGUAAAUAGGUAUUUAAAAGUCAUUAGAGACAACAAACAUGCGAACAGUGAUUGUUUUAAACUUAUUCCAUCUUCUAGAUGUGUAUUUUAGUAGGGUAAUUGCGGAGGAUGUGUAUGUAGUAGUAGAAACACACACACAUACGCACGCACAUGCAGCAAACAAAUCAAUUGCAUCCCAAAGUGGAAAUAUUUGCUAGGUGUAAGCAUAGAGAAAAUCGAGAAAAGCGAAUUUAUUUGUAAAAACAUUUUAACACUAUAUUAGACAUAUGUGUAAUAGAAUGUUUCAAACUUAUAUGAAAUAAAUCACAAUGGAAAAAUUAAAA